AUGCUCUACUCAACGGCUUGUCCCAUCGGGAAAUCGCUCGUCAGACGGGUCGCUCAAGACGAACUAUUGACCGUUAUGCAAGGAAUCCGCAAGAAUACGGCACAGCAAUACAUUCUGGACGGCACAGGCUGCUAUCGGUUCAAGCUGAACGAGACGUCUGUCGAAAAGCAUCAAACUCUACGAAGUCCGCCAACUAGAGUUCUCAAAAGUAAAUGUUUGAACGAACGUUCAACCAAACAUUUUCCGAACGUUUGAUGAAUUCGACCAAUUAGUUAAAUUUCACAUGAACCGUUUGUUAAAAACUUCAUUUUGGUUAAAUUUCAUAACUGAGCAUUUAAAAAAAUGAACAAUUACUUAUUUUUUUCGAAAAAAAUUUUGGUUAAAAAAAUGAACAUUUAAAUUUCAUUUUGAAAUUUUUUUGGUCAAAAAAAAGUAAACAUUUAAAAUUCAUUUCGGAAAUUUUUGGUCAAAAAAAGUGAACAUUUAAAUUUCACUUUGAAAAUUUUUGGUCAGAAAAAGUAAACAUUUAAAGUUCACUUUGAAAAUUUUAGUCAAAAAAAUGAACAUUUAAAAAUUCAUUUUAGAAAUUUUUGGUCAAAAAUAGUGACCAUUCAAAUUUCACUUUGAAAAUUUUUUUCAAAAAAAGGUAAACAUUUAUUCAUUAAUUAAUUCAUUACUAUUACGGCACUUGGCAGUAUCUGUGCCAGAGUCAAUUCUAUCUCAGUCUACUCCAAAUGAAAUCUUGAAUCGAUUACUUCGAAAUUCAAACUAAUUUCUGGUUAUAGAUUAAUAAAUCUGUUAGAAAAACAGUGAUCUGGAUGGUCAAGGGCAAAGCUAAAAAGCCGGUUAAGGCCGAGAAAAAAAUUAUAUAGAACCGGUCAAAAAAAUGAGCAGACCGGAAGAAAGGUGCUAUCUGGAUUAAUUGAAUGAGGAAAAAAAGGAAAAGUAUUGAUUUGGAUUUUUGGUUCGGAAAAUCCAGGUUCGGAAAAAUUAUCGGCCAAAAAAAGUGAACAUUUAAUUUUUCACAGUUGAAAAAAAAAUUUUUUCUACGAAAAAAAGUAAACAUCUAAAAAUUCGUUUUGAAAAUUUUUGGUCAAAAAAAGUAAACAUUUAAAAUUCAUUUUGAAAAUUUUUGUUCAAAAAGAGUAAACAUUUAAAAAUUCGUUUCGGAAAUUUUUGGUCAAAAAAAGUGAACAUUUAAAUUUCACUUUUUGAAAAUUUGGUCAUUAGGACGAACAUUUAUUUACUAGUCAGAAUAUGAUUGUUUAGAAAAUGACCAUUCAUUUUUUUCAGUCAUUAUUUGAAAAAGUCACAAAAUGAAAAGAAUGAAAGUGAUCAAUUUUGGUUGAUCUUUCAAAAACGACAUUCGUUUGAAAUGUCAAAAAGAAAAUUUUUCGUUUUUGAAAAAUGUCAUUUUUUUCGAUUGGUCAUUUUGAGAACUCUACCGCCAACCAAAUCAGAUCCGAAAUUCCUGAAAACGUCUCGAAGAACACCAUCUUACGAACAAUUCAUCGGUCCGGUCGACUUGUGAAUACUCCAAUGAAGGCAGCACCUCGUCUACAGCAACGCCAUAAGAAUGAACGGCUCCAGUUUGCACGCUCUAACAUGGCCACGGAUUGGAAUAAAGUAUCAAUUUUUUCUAUCACCUUAUGAUUCCCAAUUUUUCUGUUCAGAUCAUCUUCAGCGACGAGAAGAAAUUCAACCUCGAUGGGCCAGAUGGGUACGCUCACUACUGGAGAGAUUUGAGGAAAGAUCCGAUGUACUUCUCCAAGAGAAACUUCGGCAGCCUCAUGGUCUGGGCGGCUUUCUGCGGCAACGGGACGGUAGCUCUUUCUUUUAUUGGGACCAGAACGAAUUUGCAAGACUACCAGCAACUGCUUGCCCAGCAUCUCCUGCCCUAUCUCCGUCGCCGACGACGUGCUAAUAUGAUUUUCCAACAAGACAAUGCAUCUGUUCACGCGAGCAACUCCACAUUGGCUUGGUUUGCGGCCAAGAACGUGGUUCUUCUGGACUGGCCCGCGUGCAGUCCUGACCUCAACCCUGUAGAGAAUUUAUGUCAGUCCUUGUACGAAGGGUCUACGCGAAUGCCAAGCAGUAUACAACGGUCAACGAUCUGA